UUCAGCUGUAACGGAAUAACCGCUGAGUUACCGCCGGCUCCUCAGAGCGGAGCUGAUCCUGAAUCAGUCUGUGCGGACAGCAGCCUUUUCACCUUGACACCAGCCAUGGCGUCUGCAACUAAGAUUAUUCAGAGGCUAAGGAACCUUUUGUCAGGGCAAGACCUGCAAGCAAAGCUGCAGUUACGUUACGGUGAAAUUGCUAAAAGGACUCAGCCGCCUCCCAAACUUCCAGUUGGACCCAGCCAUAAAUUUGCCAACAACUACUAUCAUACCAGAGAUGGAAGACGGGAGGCUAUUCCCCCGACUAUUAUAAUGUCUUCUCAGAAGGCCCUGGCUGCUGGAAGCGAAGCUCCAGGAAAGGUCAAACGUCCUGUGCUGCCUGGACCCGAGCCAAAGGAGCUCCCACUGUCCACUGACCAGCCAUACCUUUGAUCGCUUCAUUUCAUGAGGAGUGUAAUCAUAAAACCUUGUUAAUAGAUGUAUUUUGUCUUUGAUUAAACUGUGUACAUACGGAAACGUUUCAGAUACA